AUGGCCUCCGGACUCAUUUUUGACCCCCGUACGCUCCUGCGUACCGCCCCACUUAUCACCUCAACCUGCACGCUCUGGUACUCUUUCGACCAGGACUUUUUCCUAAAUGUCUUCCUCCACCCCGACCACCGCACUCGCAGUAAUGAAUUUUUGCCUUCUUAUUUCCGCGCCUUUAUCGGGCCCGGUACCUUGCGCGUGCUGGGCCUUCUCGCGCUGACCUUGACUGGGGGUGGAUAUAAUAUAUUGACGGAGCGACGAUCGGGACUCGGUAACUCGGCGUCUGUGCCUUGGUAUAUUGCUGGCACGCUGUUAGCCGCCAGCCACCUUCUCUUCGUACCCGUCAUUGUGCCCAAGAUCCAGGCCGUGAUCGAGGACACGUCGAAGGGCUCCUCGACAAAGGACCUCGAGGGCUGGCUGAAAAUCCAUCGUUUGCGUACGUGGACAGUUGAUCUGGCUUCGUGGGCCUGUUUUGUAGUUGGAAUGUCGAUUGUUGAGUGA